AUGCCAACUGCUCCCAUCCAGACAUCCAGGUAUGACUCACAGCCAUCGCUGUCCCCUCCCACCGAAGUGAACCCACGAGUGAUGGAUAAUGCAGUUGCCACUGGUAAUGAUGACCUGAGCGUCCACAUGCAACAAGAACCUGGAUCAUCAGUCCCAGCUACUUCAUCGGUGCCAGCAGAAUCAGUACCUUGUAGGUCCGAUGGCGAUCUGAACAAAACGAUAAUUGGCACCACCAAACUACUUCUCAAGACUGUGGCUGCUGGUCUCAAGUUCGCUCCCAUCGCUAAUCUUGAUCAGAUCCCAAACACCCUUUUGAGAUUUAUUCAAACCUAUGAGAAUGUCAGUGGCAACACUGAGGAACUCAACCAGUUAUGCAUCGUGAUUCAGCAAGCACAAAAAUCGGUGGUUGAGCCCCUCCAGAAAUGGACUGGAGAAACUUCUCCUGAGCUAAAGACCCUAGUGCAGGAAUUCUGCGCAUACAGAUCUCGUCCUCCUCUCAUUCACAUUCACUCAUUCACUUCCUAG